GCGGCGGGGGCGGUGCCAGGUGGGCUACGCUGCUGGGGCGGCUGCGGAUUUCGCCUUAGGGACGCGUUGACACUCACUGGCUGGUCCGCUGCUCUCAGUCGGAGACCACGUUGCCUCGUUAGUCCUCAAAGAUGGGCGUGGGAAUUCUUGGUGGGAAGGAGAAUUUCGGAACGCGUGCUGUUCUCAGAGGAGGGAUGAGCGCCCGUAGAUGUUUGUGGCGAGUGCGCAAAAGUUCUCAUCUCUUCUUUGGAACAGUCUUUUCAACCAGUUGUGCGUUUCCAUCCCUGACUAUUCGGAUAAAGACAACUUUGAAGAGCUUUUUGUUUUAGGUUUAAUUCGUCCCGUUUAGUUCUUUGACUUUUAGGGGAAGGGAAUUUACUGAAUGGCCAACUGAGUUUCUUUUCUACAGGAAGGCGAUUGUGAAGCGGGUCUCAGAGGGGCUUGAUGUCCCCCACCCCUCACACGGAGACCUUGAAAGAGGUGUCCAGCUAUCCAUUACCAAGAAGAAAUCUAUUCGUUUGAGCCUGAAGAACUCUUUGAGGUAAAAAAUUAGAAUGAAAGAACCUUUGGAUGGUGAAUGUGGCAAAGCAGUGGUACCACAGCAGGAGCUUCUGGACAAAAUUAAAGAAGAACCAGACAAUGCUCAAGAGUAUGGAAGUGCCCAACAGCCAAAAAUUCAAGAAAGUGAAUUGAAAAUUAGUGGUGUGUUUUCAGUUAAUGAGAGACCUCUUGCCCAGCAGUUGAACCCAGGCUUUCAGCUUUCUUUUACAUCAUCUGGCCCAAGUGUAUUGCUUCCUUCAGUUCCAGCUGUUGCUAUUAAGGUUUUUUGUUCUGGUUGUAAAAAAAUGCUUUAUAAGGGCCAAACUGCAUAUCAUAAGACAGGAUCUACUCAGCUCUUCUGCUCCACACGAUGCAUCACCAGACAUUCUUCACCUGCCUGCCUGCCACCUCCUCCCAAGAAAACCUGCACAAACUGCUCGAAAGACAUUUUAAAUCCUAAGGAUGUGAUCACAACUCGCUUUGAGAAUUCCUCUCCUAGCAAAGAUUUCUGCAGCCAAUCAUGCUUGUCGUCUUAUGAGCUAAAGAAAAAACCUGUUGUUACCAUAUAUACCAAAAGCAUUUCAACUAAGUGCAGUAUGUGUCAGAAGAAUGCUGAUACUCGAUUUGAAGUUAAAUAUCAAAAUGUGGUACAUGGUCUUUGUAGUGAUGCCUGUUUUUCAAAAUUUCACUCUACAAACAACCUCACCAUGAACUGUUGUGAGAACUGUGGGAGCUAUUGCUAUAGUAGCUCUGGUCCUUGCCAAUCCCAGAAGGUUUUUAGUUCAACAAGUGUCACGGCAUACAAGCAGAAUUCAGCCCAGAUUCCUCCAUAUGCCCUGGGGAAGUCAUUGAGGCCCUCAGCUGAAAUGAUUGAGACUACAAAUGAUUCAGGAAAAACAGAGCUUUUCUGCUCUAUUAAUUGCUUAUCUGCUUACAGAGUUAAGACUGUUACUUCUUCAGGUGUCCAGGUUUCGUGUCAUAGUUGUAAAACCUCAGCAAUCCCUCAGUAUCACCUAGCCAUGUCAAAUGGAACUAUAUACAGCUUCUGCAGCUCCAGUUGUGUGGUCGCUUUCCAGAAUGUAUUUAACAAGCCAAAAGGAACAAACUCUUCAGCGAUGCCCCUGUCUCAGGGCCAAGUGGUUGUAAGCCCGCCCUCCUCCAGGUCAGCGGUGUCAACAGGAGGAGGUAACACCUCUGCCGUUUCCUCCAGCUCCAUCCGUGGCUCUGCUGCAGCCAGCCUCCAACCUCUUGCUGAACAAUCCCAGCAAGUUGCUUUAACCCAUACAGUUGUUAAACUCAAGUGUCAGCAGUGUAAUCAUCUGUUUGCCACAAAACCAGAACUUCUUUUCUACAAGGGUAAAAUGUUUCUGUUUUGUGGCAAGAAUUGCUCUGAUGAAUACAAGAAGAAAAAUAAAGUUGUGGCAAUGUGUGACUACUGUAAACUACAGAAAAUUAUAAAGGAGACUGUGCGAUUCUCAGGGGUUGACAAGCCAUUCUGUAGUGAAGUUUGCAAAUUCCUAUCUGCCCGUGACUUUGGAGAACGAUGGGGAAACUACUGUAAGAUGUGCAGCUAUUGUUCACAGACAUCCCCAAAUUUGGUAGAAAACCGAUUGGAGGGCAAGUUAGAAGAGUUUUGUUGUGAAGAUUGUAUGUCCAAAUUUACGGUUCUGUUUUAUCAGAUGGCCAAGUGUGAUGGUUGUAAACGACAGGGUAAACUAAGUGAGUCCAUAAAGUGGCGAGGCAACAUUAAACAUUUCUGUAACCUAUUUUGUGUCUUGGAGUUUUGUCAUCAGCAAAUUAUGAAUGACUCUCUUCCACAAAAUAAAGUAAAUAUUUCUAAAGCGAAAACUGCUGUGAUGGAGCUCCCUUCUGCAAGGACAGAUACAACACCAGUUAUAACCAGUGUGGUGUCAUUGGCAAAAAUACCUGCUGCCUUAUCUACAGGGAACACUAACAGUGUUUUAAAAGGUGCAGUUUCUAAAGAGGCAGCAAAGAUCAUUCAAGAUCCUUCCAGGCUUUUAAAGAACAAAGGCAUAUCAUGCAAACCCGUCACACAGACCAAGGCCACUUCUUGCAAACCACAUACACAGCACAAAGAAUGUCAGACAGAUUUACCUAUGCCUAAUGAAAAAAAUGAUGCAGAACUUGAUUCUCCACCUUCAAAGAAAAAAAGAUUAGGUUUUUUCCAGACUUACGAUACAGAAUAUUUAAAAGUUGGUUUUAUUAUCUGUCCUGGAUCAAAAGAAAGUUCACCAAGGCCACAGUGUGUCAUUUGUGGAGAGAUCUUAUCCAGUGAAAACAUGAAGCCAGCAAAUCUUUCUCAUCAUUUGAAGACAAAACAUUCAGAAUUAGAAAACAAACCAGUAGAUUUUUUUGAACAAAAAUCUCUAGAAAUGGAAUGUCAAAAUAGUUCUAUAAAAAAGUGUUUACUAGUUGAAAAGUCACUUGUGAAAGCUUCUUAUUUAAUUGCUUUCCAAACUGCUGCAAGCAAGAAGCCAUUCUCCAUUGCUGAAGAAUUAAUUAAACCAUAUUUAGUAGAAAUGUGUUCAGAAGUUUUGGGUUCAAGUGCUGGAGACAAAAUGAAAACUAUCCCACUUUCUAAUGUUACAAUUCAACACAGGAUUGACGAACUAUCUGCAGACAUUGAAGACCAGCUGAUUCAAAAGGUCAGAGAGUCAAAGUGGUUUGCCCUGCAGAUAGAUGAGUCAUCAGAAAUCUCAGAUAUCACACUUCUUUUGUGCUAUAUUCGUUUCAUUGAUUAUGAUUGUCGUGAUGUAAAAGAAGAAUUAUUAUUUUGCAUUGAAAUGCCUACUCGAAUAACUGGUUUUGAAAUAUUUGAACUAAUAAAUAAAUAUAUUGAUAGUAAAUCUCUGAAUUGGAAACAUUGUGUUGGUCUCUGUACCGAUGGGGCUGCAAGCAUGACUGGCAGGUAUUCUGGUUUAAAAGCAAAAAUUCAAGAAGUUGCCAUGAAUACAGCGGCAUUUACACAUUGUUUUAUUCACCGUGAACGUUUAGUGGCAGAAAAGUUGUCUCCAUGUUUACAUAAAAUUCUUUUGCAGUCAGCACAAAUUCUAAGUUUUAUAAAGAGCAAUGCAUUGAAUUCACGUAUGUUAACAAUUUUGUGUGAAGAGAUGGGAUCUGAGCAUGUGAGUUUACCGCUUCAUGCUGAAGUACGUUGGAUAUCAAGAGGGAGAAUGUUAAAAAGAUUAUUUGAAUUACGACAUGAGAUUGAAAUAUUUUUAAGUCAAAAGCAUUCAGAUUUGACCAAGUAUUUUCAUGAUGAGGAAUGGGUUGCAAAGCUGGCCUACUUAUCAGAUAUAUUUUCACUUAUAAAUGAAUUAAAUUUAAGUCUCCAAGGAACUUUGACUACUUUCUUCAAUUUGUGUAAUAAAAUUGAUGUAUUUAAGAGAAAGUUAAAAAUGUGGUUGAAGCGCACACAAGAGAAUGACUAUGACAUGUUCCCUUCAUUUUCUGAAUUCUCAAAUUCAUCAGGCUUAAAUAUGACAGAGAUCACAAGGAUUAUUUUUGAGCACCUGGAAGGACUUUCUCAAGUGUUCAGUGACUGUUUUCCACCAGAACAAGACUUGCGUUCAGGAAAUUUGUGGAUAAUUAACCCUUUUAUGAAUCACCAAAAUAAUAAUCUCACCGACUUCGAAGAAGAAAAGCUAACACAGCUAUCUUCAGAUUUAGGAUUACAAUCAGUAUUUAAAUCAGUGUCUGUAACUCAGUUUUGGAUAAAUGCAAAGACAAGUUACCCAGAACUCCAUGAAAGGGCAAUGAAAUUUUUAUUACCCUUUUCAACUGUUUAUUUAUGUGAUGCUGCCUUUUCAGCUUUGACUGAGUCAAAACAAAGAAAUCUGUUGGUUUCUGGCCCUGCCCUAAGACUUGCAGUCACAUCUUUAAUUCCAAGGAUAGAAAAAUUAAUGAAGGAAAAAGAGUAGCAAUAUGCACAUUGCUUAAUAGCGAAGUCAAUAAUCUCGUGUUUUGUAUAAGUAUCCUAAAAGAUAAUUUCCUAAUGUGGAUUUGUGUUUUCAGUGAUUAAAUGUUUUAAUAAUUUUUCCCUU